CACAGAUGUCAACAAUCAAGAGAGACAAGACAGGACAAGAAGCUGAAUCACAGACAGAUAAAAAAUUACAGACAAGGCAUGAGAAGACAGAGGAAGCAUGAAAACUAAAACGAGGGACAGAAUACAAAACAGCCUUAACUGAGAACAGGGGCUUUCUAUGAACAUUGUGGGCUUCGUGUGGAGGUGAAUCAGUGAUCAGUAACUAAUUUCGGGUUUUGAUGAGGUACUUGAGUCUCGGUGACUUCUGAAAUCCAGAGACAUGUCGUCUUUAAGAAAUGUCUUCCGGCGCAGCUGGUCUUGUGAUGAAAAGCUGGAGGGAAAAGUUGUUGUCAUCACUGGAGCAAACACUGGCAUCGGCAAAGAAACUGCCAUUGAUCUGGCAAAGAGAGGCGUGGCAAUCCUCCACUCCCAUGAUGUUGGUAUCAUUGUCGUGCAACAUGUGGCUAAAGUCAUAUUUCCUCCUCCUCCAGGUCACUUCCUGUUGACAUAUUUGUUGCUUGACCUGAUUAAAAAGUCGGCACCCGCUAGGAUUAUCAAUGUAUCUUCCAUGGCUCACUCCUGGGGCUCCAUAAAUCUAGAGGACCUCAACAGUGAGAAGCAUUACGACAAGAAUAAAGCCUAUGCUCAAAGCAAGCUAGCCAAUGUCCUCUUCACCCGAUCACUGGCUAAACGAUUAGAAGGCACAGGAGUGACGACCUACUCUCUCCAUCCUGGAGUUGUUCAGACUGAGUUAUGGCGUCAUCUGAAUGGUGUCCAGCAAUUCUUCAUGAAGAUGGUCAGUCCUUUUACCAAAAACUCUGUCCAGGGAGCGCAGACAACAAUUUACUGUGCUGUUGACCCAUCAUUAGAGAAGGAGAGUGGCGGAUACUACAGUGACUGUGCUCCUGCUAACUGUUCUGCGGCUGCCAAAGACGACAACGUGGGGGAGAAGCUGUGGGAGCUGAGCUGCAGUUUGCUCUCUUUAACGUGGGACUGAGACAUUCAGAACUGAAAAUAAAAUCCUGGCAGUGUAUUUUGUUUCUUUAUUACCUGAUGAUUUCAUUAUAAUGUAGGCCGCGACAAUCUUUAAACACUUCAUUUUUAUCUCAACAACACAGCUGUAAAACUUUAAUCUUCACGCUGCACAGUUCUGACGUUUUAUUUGUUCCUUGGAAAGAAUUUAUUAUGGUCACAUUUGCCUUUGACUCACACAGUGAAACUGGUAACUACACUGUAAUUCUGUGAAUAGCAAGUGUAAGAUCAGGGGAAAGCUUAUAAUACUGAUUUAUAAAAAUUAAAAGAAGCUUAAAUAUUUGGUUUAUCAAUGUUUAAUACAAGAUGUGUAAUUAAUUGGAUAAUAUCUGCAUGAUAAUUCAUAAUAGACUGCAGUCUUGUCUACAUUGUUUACAAAAACUUUUUUUUUACUUUCUGACAUUAAACAGACUUAUGGA